AACCGUUGUCGACACAUAAUAAUAACCUGUGUCAGAUGAGAUGUUCAGUUCAGAGCCCAACUCUCUCUCUCUCUCAAGGAUGAUGAUCUGAAGGCGCAAGAUUUUGUAAAUUUUUGUUUCUAUCAUGAAAAUCCCUUCUGUAAAUUUUCAGAGACAAAAUAGGAGGAAUCUACAAGAUCUUAAUUAUUUGUUAAAAUUAUGCAGAAAACUGUAAGUUCAAAUCCCAUGGAGAAAACCACCUCAAUAUGUUGUGCUCAAAACGCAAGUGAGAAGGAUGAUAAAGGAGGAGGGUUGUGUUUGGAGGAUCGCAUUAGUGGACUUCCUGAUGUUAUACUCGUUUCCAUCUUGUCACUAUUGACAAUGAAAGAAGCUGGAAGAAGUAGUCUGCUUUCAAAGAGAUGGAGGUAUGUGUGGACUUACAUUACUGAUUUGAACUUUGAUGCCUCACAUAUUAUAUAUGGACUAGAACUGGAAGAUAAGGAACUUGAAGAAGGAAGGCCUUUUUAUUUAAGUUGGGUUAAUCAAGUCUUGAACUCGUUCAAUGGUCCAUGUAUAGAUCAAUUCAGAGUUCAAUUUGAUCUCGAUAAAACUUGUAGAUUUGAUAUCGACAACUGGGUUAACUUUGCAAUCGAAAAGAGAGUAAAAAGGCUUGAUUUAGACUUGUUUCAACCUGGGAGAACCACUGAGGGUUACAAUUUUCCUGACACAGACCGAAUUACAAAUCACCUGCAUUCAUUGUCCCUUGGGUUUACUAGGUGCAAUUCGCUGACCAAUCUCCUGCUCAAAGACGUGAAUGUAACUGGACAAGUUCUUGAGGACUUCUUAACUAACUGCCCAUUUUUGGAGCAGUUGUCUGUGGCGAACUCCGAAUGUUUGGUAAAUCUGAAAGUUCACUCUCUCAAAUUGAAGCGCUUGGAGAUAACUUACUGCGACAAUGUGGAAAGUAUUGAAAUUUCUGCUAUGAAUCUAGUGUCAUUUAACUACUCUGGACCAAAAAUAAGCCAGCCAUUUAAGAACGUCAACGAGCUUGUUGAACUGAAUAUUGGGGGUGAUUACUACGAUUAUCUAAUUUAUAACUUUUUCGAGAUUUCAAGCUAUCUUUCUCAUCUAGAGAGCCUUACGUUGACCAUGACCUCCGUUGAGAAUGGUAUCAAGUUUGCUAAAUUUCCAGUCUUUGAUAAGCUCAAGCAACUGGAGUUGAAAAUUUAUGUUACAAGUGAAUAUCAAAGUCUUCUAGUUUUUGCUCUCUUGAUAGAGGCGUGCCCUUUCUUGAAUAAAUUUGUGUUACAGUUGGAAUUACUCAAGAGAAAGCAGCAAAGAAUACGACAAAGUUUUGCGUCUCGGCCCCAUCAGUAUCUUAAGGUGGUGGAAUUCAUCGGGUUUGUUGGGCGUACAAAUGAUGCUGAGCUUGCUAUGUAUUUAAUCAAGAACGCCGUCGUGCUUGAGAAGAUUACUUUUGAUUCUCACAAACCGUUUCUAAUAGGAACUCCAUGGGAGCAUGAGGAUACCAAGGAAAGAAAAGCAGCAAGAAAGCGUGCCAAGCAUUUCCGAAAGAAACUUCCUGCUGGAGUAGCUUUAGUAAUCCUAUAAUUCUUUGAUUAUAUGUUACAAGUACAUACUUCUUGUUGGAGCAAGUAUCAGUAUCUAUCUAUGAUCUAUAUUUACUACAUAUAGAAGUGUAAGAAUUUUUUACUCCCUCUAUUCCAAAAUAAGUGUCAUGCUUUCCCUUUU